AUGAGUAUUGGUGCAAUUCCAACUGCAAUGAUCCCUCCAGCUGCUCCUGGUGUACCUGGACAUACUGCUGGUAUGGCAUCAACAGCACCCAUUCUGCCUCCAAAUCACACCAUUUAUAUUAAUAAUCUUAAUGAAAAGAUUAAAACUGACGAGUUGAAGAAAUCCCUUUAUGCGGUUUUCGUUCAGUUUGGACAGAUCCUCGACAUCAUUACGGGUAAGUCUGUAAAGAUGCGAGGUCAGGCGUUUGUUGUCUUCUCCGAAAUUAGUUCCGCUCGUAGCGCUCUCGAGGCAAUGCGUGGUUUUCCACUCUAUGAGAAGCCUAUGUGCAUAAAUUUUGCUCGCACUACCUCCGAUAUCAUCGCCAAACGCGAAGGGACUUACGUUGAACGUCCUAAGCGUCAGCCGCCGCCGCCACCACUUCCACAACCGACGCAGCAACAAAAUUCUACAAUCGAUGCAGCUGCGCUGAUCGGCGGUGGCAGUGCACGUGCUAUCCGCCGUCGGCAGCAACGUCUCGCCGCUGCUCAGGCCGCUGCUUUGGCAGCAGAAAACGGUGGUUCAGCAGCCGGGGGACCUUCUCCAUCACCGCAGUCGUUGUCAACUUCUGCAUCGCAGUCUCAUCCACCGCCCAUAAACCCGGCCACCAUUCCCGACCAGCCGCCAAACAAAAUCCUCUUCCUCACUAAUCUUCCAGAGGAUGCCAAUGAAGCCAUGUUGGGCAUGCUUUUCGCGCCGUUUGUCGGUUUCCGGGAAAUCAGAAUGGUCCCUUCUCGUCACGACAUCGCCUUUGUAGAGUUCUCCAGUGAAACGGAAGCCGCCACGGCUAAACAUGGUCUUCAGGGCUUUAACAUUCGCCCCGGUCAUCCGCUGCGAAUCACUUUUGCAAAGAAGUGA